AUGCAUUUGACUAAAUCUCUUUUUUCUUCUCAAAACCAACUUAGACUUUUGGGGAAAAAAGCUCUAAUUACUGGAGGAUCACAAGGUAUUGGUUUGUCAAUUGCCAAAAAGUUUGCAGAAGAAGGAGCUUCAGUGAUACUGCUUUCAAGAACAAAAGAAAAGCUAGAGUCUGCCGUUACCACUCUUCCUGUUCACAAUCCAACUGAACAAAAUCAUUCAAUCGCUGUUUUUGAUAUAGCGAGUAAAAAAACUUUUAAUGAUACUGAUAUUGGGACAAAACUUUCCACUAUAGAUAUCUUAGUUAAUAGUGCAGGAAUUGCACAGUCGUCAUUACUGCUAACGACUCCCAGAGAUUAUAUAAACGACUUGGUUGAUACCAAUCUUUUAGGAACCAUUUUUUCUACCCAGUCUAUGAUUAAGCCUAUGAUAAGGAAGAAAAAAGGAUGCAUCAUAAAUAUUUCUUCAGUUCUAGGUGUUCGAGGGGUAAAAGGAACGUCUGUUUACGCAGCAACUAAAGCUGGAGUUAUUGGAUUCACAAGGUCUUUAGCAGUAGAGCUUGGGAGUCGUAACAUUAGAGUGAAUGCUAUUUGUCCCGGGCUCGUUGAUACAUCCAUGACAAAUGACAUGGAUAAGUCUUUGAUAGAGCUUUAUACCAGUCAAAGUCCUACAAAAAGUCUUAUUCCAGUAGAAGAAAUCUCUAAUGCAGCAUUAACGUUAGCACUUUCGGACCAUAUGAAUGGCUCUGUUCUUACCAUAGAUGAUGGAUUUACAGCUUGA